AAGUCGCUGGCGAUCCUGGAUGCGGAAGUAGUGCGGCGAUCCGGGCUGGCAGCUAAUACAGCGGGGGGGCGCGUGGCGGCCCCUCCCCCACCGGCACCCGCACCCUCCCCACCGCUCGCGCCUACCGCGGCGCCGCCAUGGCCGGCACAAACUCCAACCUACAGAAAGCAAUAGACCUUGCUAGCAAGGCGGCACAAGAAGACAAAGCAGGAAACUAUGAGGAAGCAUUCCACUUGUACCAGCAUGCUGUGCAGUAUUUUCUCCACGUGGUUAAAUAUGAAGCACAAGGUGAUAAAGCAAAGCAGAGUAUCAGAGCAAAAUGUACAGAAUAUCUGGACAGAGCAGAAAAACUGAAGGAAUAUCUGAAAAAGAAAGAAAAGGCUGCACCAAAACCAGUGAAAGAGUCUGGUCCAACUGAUGAUAAAGGGAAUGAAAGUGAUGGGGAAGGAGAGACGGGUGAUCCUGAAAAAAAGAAACUACAGAACCAGCUUCAAGGUGCGAUUGUUAUGGAGCGACCAAAUGUAAAGUGGAAUGAUGUUGCUGGUCUUGAAGGAGCCAAAGAAGCACUCAAAGAGGCAGUGAUAUUGCCCAUUAAAUUUCCUCAUCUAUUCACAGGAAAAAGAACACCUUGGAGAGGAAUUCUUCUUUUUGGACCACCUGGUACAGGAAAAUCUUACUUGGCAAAAGCUGUGGCAACAGAAGCCAACAACUCCACUUUCUUCUCAAUAUCUUCUUCUGACCUAGUCUCUAAAUGGUUAGGAGAGAGUGAAAAAUUAGUGAAAAACUUGUUUCAGCUUGCCAGAGAAAACAAGCCUUCCAUUAUCUUCAUUGAUGAAAUAGAUUCUCUGUGUGGGUCAAGAAGUGAAAAUGAAAGUGAGGCUGCUAGACGGAUUAAAACAGAGUUCCUUGUUCAGAUGCAAGGGGUUGGAGCAGACAAUGAAGGAAUCCUGGUUUUAGGAGCUACAAACAUACCUUGGGUUCUGGAUUCAGCUAUCAGGAGAAGGUUUGAGAAGCGUAUUUAUAUUCCUUUGCCUGAAGACCAUGCCAGGGCUGCAAUGUUCAGGCUUCAUCUUGGGACCACUCCAAACGAGCUGACAGAAUCAGAUUAUCGAGAGCUUGGAAAGAGAACUGAUGGCUAUUCAGGUGCUGAUAUAAGCAUCAUUGUACGUGAUGCACUGAUGCAGCCUGUUAGGAAAGUGCAAUCGGCUACUCACUUUAAAAAAGUAAAAGGACCAUCACGGUCUAAUCCAGAUGUUUUGGUAGAUUUCCUUACCCCAUGCUCUCCAGGUGAUCCUGAAGCCAUUGAAAUGACAUGGAUGGAAGUCCCAGGGGAUAAGCUAUUUGAGCCUCAUGUUUCCAUGGCUGAUAUGCUCAGGUCAUUAGCUAAUACAAAACCAACAGUAAAUGAACAGGAUCUAGAAAAAUUGAAGAAGUUUACAGAAGACUUUGGUCAAGAAGGCUAAACCAAAGAUCAUUGCAGAUCAUUUGAACUUGUUUUUGCUUUAAAUAUUUUUGUGUCCUUAUUGAUGGCACUUCAAAUAAUUGCCAAUUAAAUCACUCCCUUCUUACUUUGCACAUGGAAUAGAAGGUAUCUUUGCAAAAAGACCCUAGAGCUUUUGUAUUGUACUGUUUCCCUCAAAUGUCUAUUAAAUAUCUUCUAUUAAGAGGUAAAAUUAAGAGUAUAAUUUUAGGAUGAUAUUGCAAAGCAAGUGAUGUGGUAAAUUCUAUUAAAAAUUUAGAACCCCCUUACAACAUUAGUUACAUUUUAGUAGAUGUUAGCUUUUAGAUAAUUUGUUGUAGACGUGACUGUAAGCUACAUGAACUUCCAGUAGGCCCAGUGGAAGAUGGCCUCCUUCUCUCUUCCCCUCCCCCCCCCUUUUUUUUUAAGGGGUGAGAGAGGACCCAUUUAACUGUCAGGCAUUCUCAGUGUCAGUCAGUGUGCGUGCAUAAUAAUGGCUAUAUUCUCAUUUAGAAAAAUGCAAUACAUUUUUCUGCUAAAAAAUUGCUGGUGGGGGUUUCCUGUCAAAUAAGCACAGAACACUGUGAUGGGGAGUAAAGAUUUUUGAAUUUAUAUAAUGACCAGUACUUUGUUAAAUAGUGAUAUUGACCUAAUAUUUGCACCUCCCCCAUUCUGUUGAAAUAUUGCCUUAAAACAGCAAGUUGUGGGUUUGUAACCCUGCUAGCUGGUAGGCACCUGUCACUGUGCAGUCUAGCAAAGACACAUUAAAUGUAAGUAUCUUGGAAGAAACUUCACUUAAAUUUUUUUUUAAUUCAGAUUUUUCUGCAGUUUUGACUAAAUGUACUGAAACAGUUUUAGAGGACUAUCUCAGGAGUUUCUAUAGUUGAGGCCAGCAAGUAUAGCUAGUUAUUAGAUGUUGUAAGAGAGGUACUACUGGUAUUAUCUUUUAAUUUUAUUAUCAGAUCCCAAGAAACUGGAGGAGGAAGUAGUAGGAGGUCUGGCCAAAAACUUUAAGGUUAUGGUUUAACUUAAAACCUUUCUGAUCAGUCCAGGGCAUACUGUACAUCUGUUCAUUGCUUAACUUUCUGGGGUAAGGCUAGCAUCUGAGCAAGAAGUCGCAAGGGGUUACUUCCAUGGUUGUGUGGGGUUUUUUUGUUUUGUUUUUUUUUUAAAGGAGUUUGAAUUUUAAGAUAUGUUUGAAUGUAACUUACAGCAUUAUAAUGUCAGCAAUGAGUUGUGCCUUGUAAGUUUGCACUGGCUGUAGAUAUAAAAGAGCAUUUAGAUAUCUAUAGUACAAUACAUUCCAUUAAUAUUGUAAAUUUCUCUCAUGCAUAUAUAUGCUUUGUUUAAACUAACUUGCAUUUAAAUAAAUUUGCACAUUUCAUAUAUAUAUAUAUAUAUAUAUAUAUAUAUAUAUAUACACACAUACAUACAUACUAUAUGGCCACCUUUUUGAUGGGUUUUGGUUUUCUUUUAUGUACAUAUUUGUGUACUUUACAAAUCAUUAAGACUGGUGAAAUUUUGCUGUACUUGAAUGAAGUAAAAUGUCCUAGUACAUUAUUGGACACGUUCUUUGAGUUUUUCUUCAAUGUUCAAUCUUCAAAGGGGCCCUGGACAAGUUUUCUAUUACAUCUCAUAGAUGCAAUUUACUACUGGAUAUUAAACUUAGGAACAGUUAACUUUUCUGCAGUAUGAUAUUAUACAGAAGUAAUCGGGUAAAGAUUUCUCUUGUAAGCCACAUAAUACCAAGAGUUUAUUUCUAGUGUUGCAUACACCCACUAUUCCUUCCUAUGUAUACUCAGCUGUGACACGCAUGCCUUGGCUUUCUAUUGCACCUUGUGUUCAUAAUUCCAAAUAUUUGCAACUUUGAUUUAAUUUGAAACUAAGGUCCCUAUUGUAAUAAUCCUAGGGUUCUCAGAGAUUUAUCCUUGGGGAGACCCAUUUAUUCUGGAUCACCAUUAGCGGGUCACCAUUAGUUCAACUCUGUUAAUCCCUUAAUCUUGUUUAAUGCGUUAGAAUAAAAAUGCAUACCUGUCAAACUUGA